GACGAACCUCGGAGAAGAUAAGUUGAGCUUAUAAGCAGAUAUGUGAUCGAUAUAUGUCAAACCGAUACUGUGUGGCGCGGCUCUUGUUGCUAUAAGAUCAAACACUAGUCCCUGAUGGAUCUGAAGCCUCCUCCUUAUGAGAAACCUCCUCCAAUUCCGGAGUUGCCGGAUCAUUUCCCGGCUGUGGAAGGGGUCGGACAAAUGCAGCGGCCCAAACACCCAACAUCCUACGUAGAGACUCUAGGUCAUUUCCUCAAGGCGAACAUUGCGUCUGGAAUUUACGCGAUGGGAGAUGCUUUUAGAAACGGAGGCUUGAUCCUAGCUCCAUUCCUGACUGCGGUUUUAGGCGGUAUUUGUGUCUUCAACCAACAUAUAUUGGUGAACUGUGCCACUGCAGUGAGGGAGAAGUACAAAUUGAACUACUACCCAGGUUAUGACGCCACAGUGGAGCUCUGUUUUAGUUCUGGACCUCCGAUAUUCCAGAAGUUCGCCUCCCGGGGAAAAUCAGCUGUAAAUUUCUUCCUCAUUGUUGCACAGCUGGGCUUCUGCUGUGUUUACAUGGUUUUUGUCACCAGCACAACCCAUCAGAUCUUACACAACUUCGGCAUCGAGUUAGAGAUCCACCUGAACAUGUUGGUCACACUGGCUCUGCUCCUUGGCUUCAUCAUUAUACGCAACCUCAAGUACCUCGCACCAGUAUCAUUGUUUGCCACAGCCACAAUGUUCCUUGGUGUCGGCCUGACCAUCUACAUCAGCAGUCAGGAUCUUCCCCCGAUCAGUUCUAGGUACGCUCUGCCGUCCUGGGUGCAGCUGCCGCUGUUCUUCGGGACUAUCAUCUACGCCUACGAGGGCAUCAGCCUGGUGUUACUUCUACAAACUGAAAUGGAGAACCCUGAGAAGUUUGAUAGUCCUCUGGGGGUUCUAAAUGUUGGCAACAUCAUCGUAACUGUGCUGCAAAUCAUCGUCGGCUUCAUCGGAUACCUCAAGUAUGGAGAAGAUGUAAAGGGAAGCCUUAUACCCUCAAUCUGCCUUUUGACAGUGAGUAAUCUAUCACAGUUUGUCAAGAUCGCCACAGCCAUCGGGAUCUUGUUGACGUAUCCGAUCAUGUUCUACGUUCCCGUAGCCCUGAUCUGGCCGGCUGUGGUCAAACGAUGGGGACCUUUCGACAAAUCUGCUAAAUAUGAAAUCAUCCUCAGGCUGGUGCUUUGCUUUCUUACAUUCAUACUGUCGGAGAUCAUCCCAGACCUGGGUUUGUUCAUCUCGCUGGUUGGCGCAGUCAGCAGCACGGCGCUAGCGCUGGUGUUCCCUCCUCUCUGUGAUAUAAGCAUGCGCCAGCUAGACGGAGAUUUUGGCUUCCUCGGCUGGCGUAAAAUGGUGGAUUAUCUCACACUCAUCAUCGCCUUCUUUGGCUUCUGCACCGGAAGUUAUUUCAGUUUAGUCCAUAUUGUACAAGCUUUUGGUUCAUCGACAGAAGAGAGUUAGUGUUAAAGGGUAUUUGUCACAAAAGAUUGUUAAAAAGUGAGAAUUCUUUACUCACAGGAAGCUCUGUUAACAUUGGACUCAUGGGUGUCCAUAUAUUUCCCAUAAAGCUAGCUGGGGUGUCUGAUGGGGUUUGUUUAAAGUAACCUCUUACAACAACAACAAGGGUCCAGAGAAUUUUUAAUUGCGGUGCAAAAUUAUUAUUUUACACAUUUUGAUAUAUAGUUCAGCCGCUUAGAAAACGACCUGCGCGCUAAUGCUAAACCAAUGCUGGAGGAGGUCGCUUUCUAAGCGGCCGAACUAUAGUACCUAAAUUUGCUUAGUCAAUUUUAAGAUUUUUUCAUCGAUUUUUUUUUAUUUUAAAACUUACUUCUGUGGCCACUCCUCCAAGCAAUGCAUCCAUUUAUAACUUAUAACCAUUUGUAACUCUUGCCUCUUUCUUCCUGCCAGUCUCCUUAUUUCCUUCUCAACUUGAUCCCAUCACUUGUGGUGAAUGCAAACAUGGUCUCUGGGGGGGGGGUUAUCUUAUUAAACUAAAACUUAAUUGAUAA